GGUUACAAAUAAGACCGAGAUAACAGUAGAGAGGCAACUCUUGCUGCACUGAGCUCAGCUGGACAAUCAUUCAAGCAAACACAGCCUCCAAAAGUUUGAAAGCAACGCAGUCAUGGCGCAAGCACUGGACAUUGAACGCUGGGACCUGGAGUGUUUGUUCAACAACACUGACCAUCGCACUGAUCUCAACGGAGUAGACCGACUCAUCGUGAGGAGAGGCCAGCCAUUCACAAUCAGUCUGUACCUUCGGUCUGGAAGCUUCCAGCCAGGCGCCAGCUCCCUUGACUUCAUUGCAGAAACAGGUCCACAGCCCUCUGAGCAGUAUGGCACCAGGGCCCGUUUUGGUCUCUCUUCUAGCAUUGAUACUUCCACCUGGAGUGCUGCAGUGAACAGCCCACCUGGGGAGAUGGUGGCCUUGUCUAUCUGCUCUUCUCCCAAAGCUCCGAUUGGCCGAUACACCCUUACCCUGGGCCAGUCAGUGAAGAUUGAGUUCAUUCUUCUGUUUAAUCCCUGGUGUUCAGCGGAUGAAGUGUAUAUGGACAAUGAACAGAGUCUGGCAGAGUAUGUGCUGUCUCAGGAUGGGAUCAUCUUUCGAGGCAGCAGCAAAUACACCAUACCCACUCCCUGGAAUUUUGGCCAGUUCGAAAGUGGCAUCCUGGAUAUUUGUCUGAGGAUUCUGGAUAUGAAUCCUAAAUGUCUGCGUAAUCCGGCAAAGGACCACUCAGGGAGAAGAAAUCCCAUCUAUGUGACCCGAGUGCUGAGUGCCAUGGUGAACUGCAAUGACGAUAAAGGAGUGUUGCUGGGAAAAUGGUCGGAUGGAUAUGAAGGAGGGGUCAGUCCCUUGUUUUGGCGUGGCAGCGUGGAGAUUCUGCGAAACUGGGACACACAAGCCUGUCAGCCUGUUCGCUACGGACAAUGCUGGGUGUUUGCUGCUGUGGCCUGCUCGGUUUCCAGAGCGCUGGGUAUUCCGUGCCGGGUCAUAACCAACUAUCUGUCUGCCCACGACAACAACAGCAACCUGACGAUUGAACGUUAUGUUAAUGAAAAUGGGGAACUCAUUCAGUCCAGAGAAAUGAUCUGGAAUUAUCACUGCUGGGUGGAGAGCUGGAUGACCAGACCCGACCUCAAGCCAGAUUUUAACGGCUGGCAGGCUAGUGACCCUACUCCCCAGGAGAAGAGUGAUGGGGUGUAUUGCUGCGGCCCCAUCCCUGUCAGGGCCAUCAAGGAGGGGGAGCUAACCUUCAAGUAUGACGCCCCCUUUGUUUUUGCUGAGGUCAACGCUGAUGUUGUCACGUUCAUGCAGAAAAAGGAUGGCAGCACUUCAAAAGUCACUACCAUUGGAUUGGUGGGCCAGAAGAUCAGCACCAAGAGUGUUGGUAGUGACACCAGAGAGGACAUCACUCAUCUCUAUAAGUACCCUGAAGGUUCCGAUGAAGAGCGGGAAGCUUUCAAGAGAGCCAACCACCAAAACAAGCUGCUACAGGAGAGGCCGGACCCAGGCGUCCAUGUCACUAUCAAAGUGACAGCUGACAUGAGGAAGGGCUGCGACUUUGACGUGUUUGCAGUUGUUACCAACAACACAGAAGCGGAGAGGAAGUGCCGCCUGGUGUUUGGGUCCUGCGCCGUGUCCUACAACGGAUUUCUGGGAGGGAACUGUGGUUUUAAAGACCUGCUCAACGUUCAGCUCUCACCAGGAGCAGAGAGGCGAGUUCCACUAAGGCUGAAUUACUCAAAGUAUGGGGUCCAAGUCACAGAGGACAACUUAAUUCGCCUGGCAGCCCUGCUGCUGGACUACACCUCAGGAGAGACAAAGCUGGCAACGAGGAACAUUGUACUGGAUAAUCCUGAAAUCAAAGUCAGAAUCCUGGGUGAACCAAAGGAGAACCGGAAGCUGGCUGCAGAAAUUACCCUCCAGAACCCUCUACCAGAACCGCUGGAGAACUGCUGCUUCAGCAUUGAGGGGGCCAACCUUACUGGAGGCAACAUCAUCUCUGAAAGGUUGGGCUGCACAGUGGGACCAGGAGAAGACGCCAAAGUUAAAAUCUACUUCACUCCAACCCAUUCCGGGUUGAGGAAACUGGUCGUCGACUUCGACAGCAACAAGCUGUGUCACGUCAAGGGCUACAGGAACGUCAUCAUUGGAAAAUAAAACCUUUUUACAGGCUUAUAUAGAUGGAAACAUUUUCCGUCCAUUUUUUUAACAGAUAAGUUUGGGCUAUAUUAAUCCAAGCAAAUGUAUCCUCUUUUCUUAUUGCAGACUAAAAUAGCUCUUUUGCUCAUAUAAACGAUGUCAAAUUUGCUGUAGCGAGAACUAAUUAUUAGCUGACACAGGAGAGCUUGUGAUAAUCAAGGCAAGCAUUUUAAACACUGUAUGUACUUUUUUCAGAGCUUGGAGGUAUGAUUAACAUGUUAGGGCCUAUUAAGCUUUUCUAUAUAUAUAAAAAAAGUGCUACAAUAACAGUCCUCUUACAACAAGUCAAUGACUGUAAGAGUCUGAAUGCAGAUUUUAUCUAGAGUGAUGAGCACUUCACUGUCUAAUGCAUCUGAGUUUGAUCAUUUCUUGGCAACCAUAAAAGCUGUAUUUCUGUGGCUGAUUAAAAAUAAAGAAAAAUUAUGAACUAA